AGUGCUGGCAGUACUUGUACCACACAGUCCACCUCCCAGGAUGUGCUGGUGCCCUCCUGCUCGUCGCGAAAGAAGUCCUUCGACACCUACCUCCCGAUGCACCUGCUGUUUCCCUGGCUGAUGCUGCUCCAGGAUCCGAAUUUGCCCGGGCCGAAACGGUUUAAAUUGGAGCAGAAGGCGUACAAAUCCAUUCCGCUGUACUGCAACAAGGUUCUGUUCCAAGCGGAUCCGGUUUCGGGGCGAUUACUGGAAUGCGAAAAGGCGGUCCGGUUUCUGCUGAAUCCGGAACAACAACAAUUGGGGAAAAAUGGUUGUGACAUGGCAUUGGAGGACCAAGAGGCGCUGCUGGAACUGCUAAACUAUGCUGGAAGCAGUAGUUGUAGCAGCGCAGAAGUAGGCCCUCGUCGUGAAAAGUCAACAGGGAAGCACAAGCAGAAGUCAUCUUCAAGGGUACUAGUAGAUGAUCAAAAUAAACACGUCUUUACUACUAGCGACGAGGAAAGAACAAGACCAAAGGACGGAGUGUGUUUACCGCGGAAGCGAAGAAAAAUCGCGGAGCAGCUACAAGAGGGAAAGGUGGAACCAACAGCAGGAGCGGACAAGAAGGGUAUUGGUGUUCUGGGCGCGAGCUGCAAAAUGAAAAAUGCC